GGCGAUCAGCGGUCAUCCUACAGUGAGACUGGCCUCUGCCAUGGGAGUCACAUCUGGGCUCGGAGGCGAGAAGUUUGGCCAUCAAUCAUCCUGUCCCCGGACGCGUAUCAGAGAGCCUCCCUCUCUCUCUCUCGCUCUCUCUAUGAGCACCCAGGAGGUGAUGGUGGCUGCCCUGAGGGCAUGUCUGCAGGAGUUGGGGGCAUUGCGAGACGGAGAUGCCACUGCCCCCGCGGGGGCAGCGCUACCUCACGGCAGCGACGAGCCCUUGUCCGAGGAGCUGGUGGCCCUGCUGCAAGACGCUCGGGACAUGAAGUGGCCCUUCGUGCCUGAGCGCUGGCAGUACGUGAACCCGGCUCGGCACGAGGACACGCGAGACCUCAAGGACAUCCUGGCCGGGCAGCUGCCGCAACUGCUGGGAGCGUUGCGGCGCGCCGUGGCCGAGGGCGAUGCGCUGGGCGCGGCGUGCGCCUGCCUGCUGCUCGACCGCUCCGCGUACUGGGCGGACGCGUCGGGGCCCCUCCUGCGGGUGGUGCGAGCCCUGCACCGACGGUCGCCCGGCACGCCGCUCGCCCCGCAGAUUGUCAUCCGCCAGGCGCGCGUCUACGUCAACGACGGUCAGCUUCGAAAAGCCGAAUACAUUUUAAACAGCCUCAUUGACAACAACGGGCAAACAGGGACCUGGGUUUACCACAGCGACCAGGACAGGAUUUUAGUGCAGUCGGUGUGCAUUCAGAUCCGGGGACAGAUCUUCCAGAAGCUCGGAAUGUGGUUGGAGGCAGCAGAUCUGUUCCUCCUGUCCAUUGUGGGAUUUCAGAACUUAGACAUUGCUGACAAAAAGGGGAUAUCCUCAUCGCUGGGGCUUUUGGCGGAAGUUUUGGUUUCCAUGAGCGACUCCGACUACGAGAAGUUGAAGGCAAACACCAGAAAUGUUCCGGCUUCCGUGUGGAAGCAACCGCAUCGGUUACUGGCGGCGGCCGAAGCGGCGAAGCUGUCGGCCGUGUUUGUGGAAUACGUGGCCGGCCUGGUGCUGCUUAACAUGAACCGCUGCGGCACCUGCCUGCUCUCCUACAGCCAGCUCCCGCGCGUGCCCGACGACGCUCGGCGAGCCCGCGCCGCCGACGCCGCCGCCGCCUUUGAAGUGUGCCUCCUGACGCGACGCGGCAGGGGGGCGGUCACGGGCCGAACGCCGCUGCACGCCUUUAUUUACGCCGCGUUUAACCUCUCCGUGGCGCGCCGCCUCGCCCGCCCGCCCGGCCUCCCCGCGGGGGGCCGGGUCAGCGCGGGGUUAAGCGCCCACGCGUGCGCGCGGCUCCUGCGCUUGCUGGGCACGGCCGAGGCCGCCGCGCGCCCGGGAAGACGGGGCCCGGCCGCCGCGGACACGGCCGCCGCCGCCUCCAGCACGGGAGCGGCGGAGGGAGAGAUUGACCGGGUGGUUCUGGAGCUGCUGGAAGAGGCGGACGCCGGGAGCGAGAACCGCACGGAGGAUCCCGAUUCCUUCGUGCCCGAUCGCUACAAGGACGCGGAGGCUUACGAGGUCCUCGGGAGGACGCAGGAGUUCGCCGCGGCUUUGCGAGCGAAGGCCUCCUCCCUGUUCCGGGCGCCGGAGCAGGGCGAGGAAUUCCGCAGGCCGAGCGACGCGCGAGACGGCGGCGCGGCGGCUCUGUGCAUCACGACGGCGACGACGGAGGCGUGCGGGACGGGCGACGCGGACGAGCGGGGCUGCGCGAAAAAGCCCAUCGCGUCGCUCGUGGGAUACGCGGCACGCGACGCCCGGUCCGGCAGCGACGGCGGGAGCAGCGGACGGUCGUCGUGCGGUGAGGGUAUCUCCGGCGUCUCCGGCGCCAGCAAGUCGCGGAGCCAGAGCUCCACCGGAUCCUGGGGGGUGGUGCAAAAGUCCGGGAAGCAGUGGAGCCUCGAGUCCCUUCCCGAGCACCGGCCGGCGGCACCCUCACUCGCUGCCAGCGACAGCAGCGGCUCGUUUGUGUUCGUCGAGACGGGCGGCGGAGACGCCGGCGCUGAUGCCGGUGCCGGGCAACCAUCGUCGUCGGCAUCGUCAUCGGCGGCGGCGGUGAAGGAAGUGACGGAGAUGGUGGAGGGCCUUCGCGUGUCUCCGGAAGGCUGGGCGUCCUCCGCUGAGGUCGUCGACGCUGCGCUUGCCACGGCUGGCUCGGAGGAGCCGGAACAAGCGUCGGUCGCCCCCGGUGGAGGUGCGGCGGGAGAAGCCGCGGGGCGUGACCGCCGCGAGAUGGCCGCAGCGGACCCGGACGGCACCGUGGACCCCGACCUGGCCACGGAAGACGCCUUCGUUGUCGACGUGUUGGCUCGCGACGGAGCGGGGCGACAGGCUCCACCGAAGUCCGCAGCGGCCGCGGCCGCCACCGUCGACGCCGAAGCCCCCACAGCGGACGACGGAGAUCCGGUCGCCGCGCCACGACCCCAGCGAGGCUCCGCGCCCGGUGAGCUGGGGGGCCGAGGGUCGAGCACGAGGGACGUCGACCCGCCGACGGGGGACGUGCCGAGCACCGCGGACGGCAAUCGCCGUCUCCCGCCCCCUCCGCCGUCUCCCGCCUCGUCGGAGAGGAGCGGCUCGUUCGGCCUGCUGGAUCUGGACGCAGAGACGAACGAAGGCGACGGUUCGAACCUCCCGCCACCGCCGCCGUUGUCUCGCGGCCGCCCGGCGGCCCCUGCCGGUGGCGCGUCCGCGCCGGACGACGAGCCGCUCCCGGGCGCUGCCACGGACGUCGACGUGGACCUCCCGACGGCAGAAGACGAAGCGGUCGCGCCGAGGGGAGCGGAAGCCCGGCAUCGCGCGUCGCCGGCCGCGGCUUCCGACAGGAGCUCGUCGUUCGAGGUGGUGAAGAGCGACGCGAGCACUGACCCGCCGACGGAGGGGCCCGGGGGCCGCGGCGGCGGCUCUGCCGAGCCAUCGGGCGGCUCCUUCGAAGGGUUGCCCCCGGGGGACGCUCUGAGCGCGGUCGGCUCCACCGCGAGGAGGGCCGCGUUCAGAGCGUCGAGGGCGUUCGGCGACAAGCCGGGGCGCUCCGGGAGCUCCGGGAGCUACGGGAGCUCCGGGAGCUCGAGCUCGUUCGAGACGGUCGACUAUUCCUUCGUCGACGAUGGUCAAGGCCGGUCGAUGCUGCCCGAGGAGGCGGCCGGGGCGGAGGGCGAGCUGUCGCCCAUGGACAUGACCACGGCCGAGCUGAAGAAGAUGUUGGAAGGGAAAGGCCCGAUGCCUCUGGUCGAGGAGAACACGGUUCAUUUGGCGAUGGUGCUGACGUACAACCGGUCGGCGGACCGCUGGGCGGGCCACCGCACCCUGCUGCACAUCGGGGCCCGGCUGCAGCUGCCUGCCAACGUGCGAGGGCAGCAGCGCGAUGCAUUCUGGGUGCAGUACCUCCACCAGGAGCAGGCCUUGGCCCGCUACGUGGGGAAGUGCUACAAGCGCGAGCGGGAGGCGCGCUACUACGUGGACAACGUGGUGCGGCAGGCGACGGCGCAGCACUACGUCACCGAGUUCAAUCAGCGGCUUUUCAAGAAGAAACACCCCACCCAGAUCUACUACAUGCCCGCCACCCUGUUGCUGAUGUUGGAUGACAGUGGACGUGUGCGAGCCUGCAUGAACGCGGAGCCCUACAUGGAGGGUUCUUUCGCCAAAAUAACAAACAACUCGGAGGUGUACAAGAGAAACGUCCCCGCGGCGCCGUACGCCAUCGCCUUCAGCCACUUCACCUACGACCUGUCCAAGGGAUCGGAGAUCAUCGUUGACCUGCAGGGCUGGACCACGAUGGAUGGCACGGGCCUCAUGUAUCUGACCGAUCCUCUCGUCCACUCUUGGUUCAAAGAUUUGAAUGAUUCGGUGGACUAUGGCCAGAGAGGGUUCCACAAAUUCUGGGACAAGCAGCACGCAGAGUGCAACCACAUCUGUCACGACCUGGACUUAAAGAGACCACCGCCAGGGCAAUACACCAUGAACUCAUGAACGAAAUUCACCGGACAUAUUGCAACGAUGUGUCGAGAAUUUUCGCGAAUCUUCGUGGAGAUUUGAUUCAAGCAUCGAUCUGGGUUUUGUUUCUGUUUUGUCUUUGCUCUGGCGGUGAAUGCAGAGACCCUAGUGGCUGCAGGGUUUACUUUAGACCAGUUUACGUAAACCAGCUACGUAAAAUAUAACAUCGCGUAUCCACCGUGAACCAAUUCACCUCCCGCGCCCAGUGCAGUAUCUGUGCACUUUGGUGUAACCGUCAUUUUCUCUAGAUGUUCAUAUAUCCGGCCGUGUCACACGCUGUUAACGUGACAUCCUCAACCACACGUAUAUCCACUCGGCUAUAAUUCACGGUGAAGCAUCUUCCCACGUUAGGAGCGGUUUUGCAAUUUGUCCAGUCACCUGGUUACACGUGGUGUGUAACUGUCAUUUCGUAAAGAUGUUGACAUGCCCGACAUAUUUCACAUGCUUGUCUGCAUGUAUAUAUGUUUAACUUCAUUCGCACCGUACGUAGCCAAACGUGCUAAUCGGAGGUCUGGGAGAAAGACAACAAAUACACGAAAAAGCAGUUUCUGAAGAAAUGUAGUUUUCGAUCUAGAUUUAAAAGUGCAUAGCUCCAGCGGCUUCCGAAUAUCAGAAGAGCGUUCCAGACGGCCGCAGAAGCGCACCUGAAAGCACGCGAUGCCAGUGACCAUCUUUGUUCGAUGGCGAGCCAAGGAUGACCUGGAGUUCGCGUGAUGAUGGUUUAUGCUCCUUGACGAAAUCAUCAAGAUGUUGUGGUUCAUUUGUUUGUGCAACCUCAUAACCCCCCAUACCUCAGUUCCCAGCGGGUCAGAUAUGUGACGUAUUGGACUGCACAGAUGGGGUAACGAGUUCCAUGAGGUGAGCGUGUGCAAGUGCCUUGGACUAAGGCGCAUUAUUAAUUAUAAUGCUUUCAUUUUACAUAGCGCCAUUCAUGCCAACAGCAUCCCAAAACGCUGUACAUUAAUUAUUUUUAAGGACCAAAUCCCAUAUAUGCGGUAGACUUUGCACGGCGCGAAAUAGGCCCAGCACAAAAAGACAAUGAUCCCCCGUAUGGCCUUUAGCAGACUGUUGGGGCAAGUGCUGUUAGCGAGCACCUAUGAAGACCGGACCGGUAGACGAGGAGGUGGGUGGCCAGCACCACGCCGGACCGCCUUUGUCUCCCUAGUGGCGAUGUUUACACACCGCACCAGGUACUCAUUUGAGGCUGAGUCGACCUCGUCACUGGUGUUGGCCGUGAGCGGGAAUCAAACCCGGGUCGCCAGGUUCGUAGUGCAGCGUGCUAACCGCUACACCACUGCUCCCCACACACACACACGUACAUACCAAGCAAAUAAAAACCCUACUACUAAGCAAAAUCAAUUAAGUUAAGAAAUGCCACAAAAACAAAAAGCUCAAACGACUAAAAUGUUAUCAAAACAAAGUCCGAUAUAAGAUAACACGAGAAGUCCUUGCAAUGCCUCUUGUUUCUCUCCCGAGUGUGUCAACAUUUCUAAAUCGACCUCUUCUUUCUCCGCAAGAUGAUGGACACGCGUUUCCGUAACCAGUGACGUGCAGGUCGUUUUUAAUUUCAACUCCAUCGUGUUAAUGCGGGCAACUUCAUUGGAGAACCCGGCGUAUCCAUAUUGUGCAGGGUGGAGUUGUGGUGGG